GGAACAGAAACACACGGAACAUUUCAAUGGAGUUGUCCUAGUCAGUGCUGUUCGUUUGAGAGCACUGCCGAAGCUAUUCACUAAUCAAGGCACAGUAUCUGAAUUAACUAGUUUUAUUACAAGGUUAGACAUAUAGCUAGCUACAGUUUUAUAUAACGUUAUAUACACAUUUGUGUCUCAUCCGUUCAGCUAACUUAGCUUAGUUUCGAUACCGAUUCAAUGAAACACACCGGCCACUUACGUAGACGCUUCUCUAACUUAGCUAGCGUUAACAUUCCACCACAGCAAUGCUUCUGCUAUCAAUAUAAGUAACGCUACCCAGUGGCUCGAAAUUAUACUGACCUACCGGUUUAUCGUAUAGUACAAGUUAGUUCCAGUCUGUGCACCAUGUUGAAUGCUGCUACAGGUUCACAAAAACCAGCCAGGACGCCACCCCGUGGUUCUAUCUCCAGCGGCCUCAAAGAAAUUCACAUCGAUGAAGAAGUCAAGAUAGCAGUGAACCUCUCUCUGGAGAGGUUUCGCUACAGUGAUCUGAAAGAGAUGGAAUUUCCCUCCUCCUUGUCCAGUACUGAGAGGGCUUUCAUUCAUCGAAUGGCACAGUCCUUUGGUUACAUCUCCAAGAGUAAAGGGAAAGGACCAAAUCGCCUCCUUACCAUCAGGAAGAAAGAUGGUUCAGACAAACCUCGGCCUACCAUGUCCCUUACUCCCUCCCACAAUUCCUUAUAUUUCAUCCGCAACCUGCUUCAGAGGUUUCCCAUCAGCAAUAAAGAACGCAUAGACCUGCAGCCAACAAAAGUAGGCAUGUCUGUGGCUGCAGAGCCUGACAACAGCGACAGGAAUAGGGCAAGCGGGCGCUUAAACAACGGCAUACCCAUGGUGCCUCGGAGGAGGAGUCCAUCAGAGCUGGACAGUUUUCGACGCUCCCUGCCUGUUCAUGAACGGCAGGAGGAGAUCAUCCAGCUCAUCAGAGAAAACAGGGUGGUGCUGGUAGUUGGAGAAACUGGCUCUGGAAAAACUACACAGAUCCCACAGUUCCUGCUGGAUGAGUGCAGCAGGAAUGAAGAGCCCUGCAGGAUCUUCUGCACUCAGCCCAGACGCCUGGCUGCCAUUGCUGUGGCUGAGAGAGUGGCAGCUGAGAGAGGAGAGAGUGUGGGCCAGACUGUCGGUUAUCACAUCAGACUAGAAAGCAGGGUCUCCCCCAAGACACUGCUGACCUUCUGCACUAGUGGCGUGUUCCUCAGAACACUGAUGGCUGGAGAUGCCAGCCUUAAAACUGUCACACAUGUCAUUGUGGAUGAGGUGCAUGAGCGUGAUGGAUUGACUGACUUCCUGCUCACUAAAAUGCGGGAUGUGCUUCAGAAGAUCCCCACACUGAAACUGAUCCUCUCCAGUGCAGCUCUGGAUAUAGACCUGUUCCUUCAGUACUUCGGCUCUUGCCCUGUAAUCAACCUCAAAGGAAGACUGUUUGAAGUGAAGGAACUCUUUCUGGAGGACAUUCUGAGGCUGACGGGCUUUAACAAUAAGGACAUGAGGAAAUACAAGGAAGAGACACAGAGAAAGGAGAAGAAGCAGAAACGUCUAACGGAGUGGUGUAAGGCAGUGCAGAACAGUUCUGUUGAGGAGGAACAGAGGGCCCCUGUGUCUGCCUCAGGCUUCCUCCAGGACAGCAGCUCCCAGGACAAAGGGGGCAGCAACUUCAAUAAUCCAAAUGAGAAUGGCACAGAAGAGCUGGAGCCGUGGCUGCAGAAAGAAAUGGACGCCUGCAUUUCCAACAUUUUCCUCAGUGAAGACCAGGAUGCUUUCAUUGAGCUCUUCAACCUCAUCCUCUAUGAAAGUGUUAACGUUGACUACAGGCACAGUGAGACAGGGUCCACACCUCUGAUGGUGGCAGCAGGCCGAGGGUUCCUCCCACAGAUGGAACAGCUGCUCAGCAUGGGGGCCGACAUCAACAUGAAAGCAUCCAAUGGAUGGACAGCCAUAGACUUUGCCAAACACUUCCAGCAGACAGAUGCUAUGGAUCUUCUCAAAUCCUCCAUUCCUUUGGGAGAAGUGAGCAGCCUGGAUGAAUCCACUCUGAUGCAGUGUGGUAAUACAGAGCUGGGCACUGAAGAGCAGGAGCUGCUCAAACUGUACCACCACAGCUUUGACGAUGAAUGGGUGGACCUGGACCUCAUCAUGGAUCUGCUGCACAACAUCUGCUCAACCACCAGUGACGGUGCUGUCCUGAUUUUUCUUCCUGGAUACGAUGAAAUAGUGGCACUCAGGGACCGCAUCCUGUAUGACGACAAAAGAUUCUCCACCCAGUCUGAAAGGUACCAGGUGUUCACUCUACAUUCAGACAUGCAGACUCUAGAUCAGAAGAAAGCCAUGAAGACCUCUCCACCUGGUGUCAGAAAGAUAAUUCUUUCUACUAACAUUGCUGAGACAAGCAUCACCAUCAACGAUGUGGUCUUUGUCAUUGAUUCAGGAAAGGUCAAAGAGAAGUCUUUUGAUACUCUCAGUAAUGUAUCCAUGUUAAAGACGGUUUGGAUCUCAAAAGCCAGUGCUCUGCAAAGGAAGGGAAGAGCUGGACGCUGCAGACCAGGGAUUUGCUUCCACCUUUUUAGUCGACUCAGAUUCAACAACAUGCUGGAAUUCCAGGUCCCGCAGCUGCUGCGGAUGCCACUGCAGGAACUGUGUCUGCAGACCAAACUGCUGGCUCCCUCCUCCUGUCCAGUAGCUGAGUUCUUGUCCAAAGCUCCACAGCCUCCUCCUGGGCAUGCCAUCAGGAAUGCUGUGCAGAUGCUAAAGACAAUAGAUGCUAUGGACCAGUAUGAAGACCUGACUGAUCUGGGCUACCACCUUGCCGAUCUACCUGUGGAGCCCCACCUGGGCAAGAUGGUGCUAUGUGCUGUAGUGCUCAAGUGUCUGGACCCCAUUCUAACCAUUGCCUGUACACUGGCCUAUCGUGACCCCUUUGUCCUUCCUGCCCAGGGCUCUCAGAAAAGAGCUGCUUUACACUGCCGUAAACGUUUCACUUCCAGCACCUUCAGUGACCACAUGGCCCUGCUAAGAGCCUUCCAGGCAUGGCAGAAAGCCCGCAGUGAUGGCUGGGAGAGAUCCUUCUGUGAGAAGAACUUCUUGUCCCAGGCCACCAUGGAUAUGAUACUUGGCAUGAGGACACAGCUACUGGGACAGCUACGUGCUAUUGGCUGCAGGACUGGUGUUUGAACUGAGGCAGAAGUGGCAAAAUCUGUUCAUCAAAAGGAUCCGUUGUCCUUCGAAGCCCUGGUCUCAACAAGAUGAGGCCAUCAUCCGCACCCUGGUUUCUGUGCUAUCAGAAGAGGAGCAGAGGGCAGGCCUACAGCAGCCCACAGGGAUUGGCCAGCGGCCUCGGCCCAUGUCAUCAGAAGAGGGACCCCAUGCUUCUGUAAAAAACUCCAAGAACAGCCCCCAACGACCCACCAAUGACAAGUCUUGUAGGACAGCAGCCUUGGACCAGCUUCAGAUAAAAGCCCACAGCAGAGAUGAGCCCUCAAUGCCCAUAAAUCAGCUCUCUGAUGACCCUCACUGCUCCAGCCAUUCUUCCUGUUUUGUGAACUUGGAUAGCCCCUGUCCCUCCUCCUCAGGAAAGGUCUCAAGGCCUCAGCUAUCUCAGCUGGUCUUUUCGUCAGUGCGGUACUUCAUCAUGAAGAGCAGCAACAUCCGGAACAUAGAAAUUUCUCAGCAGAAAGGUAUCUGGUCCACCACACCAAGCAAUGAGACCAAAAUCACCAAGGCGUUCCUGGAAAAUAACCUCAUCGUCCUCAUCUUCUCUGUUCAGGGCUCAGGACACUUCCAGGGCUACGCUCACAUGACAUCAGUCAUUAGUCGGGAGAGCUGCCAAGACUGGGGCUUCAUGGGACUAGGAGGGGUUUUCAGUGUAAAGUGGAUCCACCAGGAGAGUCUUCCCUUCCAUUCUACCCAACACAUUCUCAACCCAUGGAACGACAACAAGAAGGUCCAGAUCAGCAGGGACGGACAGGAGUUAGAGCCCCAAGCAGGCAGCCAGCUGCUGUUACUGUGGGAGAGAAACUCUGGGAGUCAAGUUCAAUAAGAGGUAGAAGCAAAGCACCCCUCGCACCACGCUUGCCAAGUUCUGUUCUUUCUCAACCAAAUCUGGCUAAAACUACGUGCAUACUUUGUAUAUUGAUAGAAACAUGCAUUUUCUAUCAAUUACAGGGUAGAUCCUUUAGAUAUUACGUGUUUUAUAUCUAUUUUGCCUUAAACAGCGCGACCAGACCGCACUACCAGUUAAGGCAAGAUGGUGGGACAAUGGAAGAGGGACUGAAUUAUUUAAAAGCAAAAAUUCAACUCUUCUCUUUUUUCUCUGUUUUAUCUAUUUUUUUUAUUUUAUUUAAUAAGCAAGAUGUCAUUUAUUUUUUAUUCCUUGUAUUCAAACUGGUACCUCUGUUCUUGUCAAACUGUAUUUUCACACUGAAAUAUAUGUGGCUCUAUGGAUGUUACACAUGGUUGAAAAAAAUCUGAAAUGAUUUAGAAUUAAUGAAAUAUGUUUGUACCACUGAUGUUUUGAUUUUAUAAAUACAGCAGCAUUACAGUUCAUUCAGAUUGUUGAUUACCAUUCAGAUUGUUGUAAUGAUGGGCAUUAUCAGGGCCUAUUAAUAGGACUUAUUAAAACAUUUGUCCACUUUUUGCAAAUGUUUGCUGGAUGUAGACAUAAAAUCUAAAUAUAUGUUGUUAGCAUUUUUUGCAUGUUAAUUUUUGCUGCUGUACAAGGAGAGGUGAAAAGGGAAUUUUUGAGUGUUGAGUUAAGGCAUUUGCAAGUUUCGGUUAUUGGGGUGACAAAUAACACUUUUAUACCCAUUUAUUUGCCUGCCUCUACAUACACCUGCUUGUAAGUUAUAUUCAUUAAAUCGCCAAAAACA